AGAUGUGGAGAACAUCAAUCCAAAAGCUACGAGGCAUCAUCGAUCACAACACACGCGUUUUUGGGUCCAGUGCGCAAUGGAGAGGUCCGUCAGAUCCGUGCUGGUGUUCGUGGCUGUUUCCAUCCUCAUCUCCAGCCAUCCUACAGACGCCUGGUACAAGCAGUCCACCGGGCCGAGCUACUAUUCCGUCGGGAGAGCCUCGGGUUUGCUGUCCGGGAUCCGGAGGUCGCCGUAUGUCCGCAGAUCUGAGACAGAAUCAGCGCUGGACAGCAGCGAGACCCCCGGCGUCUCCAACAGCGUGAUGCCCGACUUCAGCAGCAGACAAACGCCAGUCCUUAAAAAUAUGGCAAUCUGCGUAAAGGACAUUUCUCCAAACCUACAGAGCUGCGAGCUGGUUCAGGACGGUUCGAGCACGUUUCGGUGCAAAGCAGAGGUGUUUCUCUCGCUCGACUCGCUGGACUGCUUCACCUCCUGAGCGGAACCCGUCUCUCUCCCUCCCCGACCCGAACGUCUCUUCCAUUUCAGGAGUAUUUACAGCGAAGGCAGUGAGGCGCGCUGUUGACAUUGAAUGUUUACUUGAUUUACACCAGGGAUGUUCAGCGCUGCUCCUGAAGAGAAGCUUUCCUGCACAGUUUAGUUAUGUACCACUGAUAAUAAUCAUUUUCAUCAUGACUGAUAUUACAAAUGCAUCUAGCUUAUUUUGCAACGUGUAAGUUCUUUUCGUAAGUAUUCCGAUUCAUUAGCCGUUAUGAGUAGCGGUAAAUACCAGGAACGGGAAGAAUUUUCAAAAAGUGAAGUAAACAGUAACGUUCUGUUUGGAAUGACGACACAUCAUUAAAAGAAUAAGAUGUAUCAGUUUGCAAAAACAAGCACUUUAACACUGGAAAUAACCGGCACAUUCAAAUUACAAAAUACGUUAAAAAUUAGUAGGGCGCGGUUUUGCAACUUUAAAGUGUACAGCAAAGAGACUGAUAUUAGUUUAAAUGCCGAAAGUGAAGUCAAGCCGAAUCCAAGUCACUUUCAGUGUGAACACACUCCGUUUCAGCUAUAUUUUGCAGGAAAAUAGAUCUCUGAGAGCAGUUUUGAGCACCCCUGGUUUACACAAUGUGAAGUUCGCUGCUUUAAAUUUAUACAUCAAAACAUACAGAAACAAAAUGGAGAGGUGUUUUCUGUUCGAUCUGUUCUCCCUCGCGCCCACCGUCUCCUGUACCUACUUCCAGAUGUAUUAAAUGUUCAUAAAAAGAGUUCACUGUUAUGAGCAAAAACUUUCAAAGAUGUUUUCUUUAUUUUAUUAAACUUGACAGAUAUACUGUAUGUUUGACGUGAUUCAUUGUGUGCGAAAUCAGCACAGAACAAAAUAUCAAAAACAAUGUUAGUUUUUAAUGCCGUUUCUAUUCACAGUGGCUUACAAAAGUGUAUCUUGAAUGCUAAAAGUGGCGCAACAGCUUUUAAAUAGCAAAAAUACAUUUUAUAUUCCAAAUCUCAAUUAAUAAAUGGGGAAAGCAAUGUAUUUACAAAAUAUUUGC